GCUCUGCCUUGCGUUUCAUUCGGCGUAGUUGUUGACGAUAGUCGACUACAGGCAACGACGCCCUCGAGCGUGGUGUUCGUAAAGAAAUGAAGAAAAAGAAGAGAGAUUCGGCGCGAAAAAGCACGAGCAGGAGCAAGCCACACAAAAGUCCAACUUAACAUCGAGAGCCAUUCAGCGAAUAUUUUGCCGAAUUUUCGAAGCUAGGAGACCUAAUUCUUAGUUCUUUCACUGCACUGAGACCUUAUUUCCUAUUCAAAAUGAAUAUUCAAAUGACUGAGCGACCAAUGAUUUUGACAAGGGAGGAGAUAACCCGUCUCAUUAAAUUGGGACAGGUGCAGCUUCGCUCAAAGCCGCCUCAACCGAAGCCCUCAUCAUCUCAAGCUUCUUCUCAGGCAAGCAGUUCUUCAUCAUCUCAGGUCUUUGCAUCAGCACCGAGUGAAUCCCAAGGAAAACCAUCGAAGGCUGAAGGUGCUGUUGGAGAGGGUACCUUUCAUUGGCCGGAAAAUUUAGCCAAAAAGCUUCUGGACAUCGUUGUCCCCAAGAAAGCAACAGACAAAAGCAAAAACCAAACAGCAUUUUGGCGUGAAGUUGCCACUGAGCUGGGUGCUGGCGCUGAUGGGACUCAGUGCCGUAAUAAGUAUUUCAACCUAAAUAAGACUAGGUCCUCAAAGAAAAGUGCUGCGCAUGCUUCUGGUGGUGCACCAGCCAAUUACACACCUUCUGAACUAUACAUGGAAGAUCUCCUCUCCAAACUCAAGGAUCCCAUUGAGAUCCCAGAAAACGCUGUGCAUAAAGUCAGCUCUCCCCUGGCUCCUACCAACAACGGUGAGUCAUCAGGCCAGGCUGCUGUUGAGAAGCCGUAUCGCAAGAAACCAAAGACUGCUCAUGGAAGUGGCACUCGCCACGCUGUGGUGAGAAAUACGCUACAAAAUCAAUGGAUUCAUUACUUAAAACGGUCAGAUGAGCGCCAUCAAUUACGUCAAGAGAAGGAGGUCAGGAAAGUAGCUCUCAUGGCUGAAGUAAUGGGUUUCAAGCGGGAGAAAUUGGAAGUGGAAAAGGAAAGGUUGAAAUUUGUGAGGAAUAAAUAUGAGCAGAAGAAAUUGAUACAGAAGAGGAAGGAGGAGCAAAUGAAGAGACUGAUAGAGAUUGAGGAGGAAAGACUUGUAUUGCUGAAAAACAUGCUAAUUGCAGCAGAGCACUAACUUUUUUUUUUUAACUUUUCAACUUCUUUUAAGUAAUGUGUUAUUCGUUUAGGUUUUAAGUUAGGAGCCCAGCCCAAAUUGUUGAAUGGAUGUCACUCAUGUUCAGUCUUACAAGAACAUGGUUUGACUAUCCUUGAACAACAUGGGCGAGGGUUCAGGAGUCAAUGUAUGUUCUUGUAAGACUGAAUGUUGUGUGAUCCAUUUUUUUCUUGUGCUGUGAUGUUCCUACUAAUAAUCUUAAUUUUUUUAUCCCUUUUUUUCUUACACAAUAUUAGUUCUGAUGUUGCUGCCAAUAAUUUCCAAUUGUUUUUGGAAUUUAUACUUUUAUUAUUAGUACUAGUGGUAUGAAUAGCAACCCAGCCCAAAUUGUUGAAUGGAUGUCAUUCAUGUUCAGUCUUACAAGAACAUGCUUUGACUAUCCUUGAACAACAUGGGCGAGGGUUCAGGAGUCAAUGUAUUUUCUUGUAAGACUGAAUGUUGUGAUAGCCAUUUUAACCUGUGCUGUGAUGUUAAUUUCUCUUCAUUUGUUUUUAUAGUAUUAGUAAGUUUUAUUAGUGAUAAUAUUUGGAAGGUUUUCAAUGAUUAAACUUUCUUAUUUUUAUAAAA